UACAAAUAUAAUUAAAUAAACCUCCAAUUUCUUACAAUAUUUUUCCGUAAUUACCGAAAUGUCCCGCUCUCUAACCAUGCAAUUAGCAUCUUCUUCUCUCUUGCUAUUAAAUUUAAAUAUUUUUCAAUCAAAAAAUUGUACAGAAUUGAAUUGGGAAUCCAGAAUACUUCAUUUCUAUGAUAAGCACUUCAACAAUUUUCUCUGUCAUCCCCUUUAUCCCGUUAUUACUCUCUUAGUUCAGAUUUUCGAGGUAGUAGUGAAUUGUUAUGCAUAAAAUGACUGGUGGAAGAGGACAGAACUUGUGAUUGGUAGUCUGAAAACUGGUGUGAUGGAGAUAUCAUCAUUAAAAGUGCUUCUGAAAAAUAUCUCUUCAUUUUUACAUUUAUCGUCUUUAGACAACAUAAAUUCAGACCCUGUUCAGAAGCAUUACCAGAAGGUGGAAGAGAUAUUUAAGUUGUUGAAGCAAAUACUUGAUGCUAUUAUUGACUCUGAAAUAGCUUCUGAUGAUGUGCUUAAUAAAGCAUUUGAAGAGUUUGGCCAUUCUAUUGAUGAAAUAAGGGAGCUCUUUGAAAGCUGGCAACCAUUGUUGAGUAAAGUUUAUUUUGUUCUGCAAGUUGAAACGUUGAUUUCAAAAAUACAGACUUCUGUGUGGGAUAUUCUCCAGCUGCUGAACCGUAGGCGUCAUUAUCUUCCUGAUGAAUUGAGUUCAACAUCUCUUGAGCUCUACCAACAGAAAAUUAAGCAUAUGGAAUAUUCACAAGGAUCAUCUUUCAUCAGAGAAGCUGCAAGAGAUCAAGUGGAUGGUGUCACACCCAGCUCAGAAAUCCUGGUAAAAAUUGCAGAGAGCCUGGGCUUGAGGUCAAACCAGGAGAUUCUGAUCGAGGCUGUUUCCCUGGAAAAGUUAAAGGAGAAUGCUGAGCAAGCUGAAAAGGUUGAAGAAAUUGAGUUUUUAGAUCAAAUGAUUACCGUUGUGACCCACAUGCAUGAUCGUCUUGGUAUGAUGAAACAGUCACAGAUUUGUAGCCCAGUCCCUAUACCUCCUGAUUUCUGCUGUCCUCUGUCCCUUGAGCUGAUGACGGAUCCAGUUAUCGUGGCAUCUGGGCAAACAUAUGAGCGGGCUUUCAUAAAGAACUGGAUUGAACUUGGGCUCACAGUUUGCCCUAAGACACGUCAGACUCUGGCUCAUACCAACUUAAUACCUAAUUACACCGUAAAGGCACUAAUUGCAAACUGGUGUGAAUUAAACAAUGUGAAGCUGCCUGAUCCCAUGACGUCUAUGAGCUUAAACCAACCCUCACCUCUUCUCAUGCAUGCAGAUUCUGCUGCAACUAGAGAUGCACAUCUUUUCCCCCCAACUAGGAGCAGUCAAUCGGUAAUUCCAGAGUUAAUUCAGUCUACAGGUUCGCCUGGUAGGAACCUAAUCUUGUCCUCCGGGAUUCAUCAGGAGGAAAGUUCCCCACUGCACCCGCUUUCAACCUCAGAGGCUUCCUUGUCAAGUAUUGCUGGAAACGGGCAAGUUUUGGAUAGUGCAAGAGUAUCUGUUGCCAGUUCUGAGGACAGAUUUGCUAACUCUGAAGAACAGAGUGGAGAAUUAAUUGGUGAACCCUCUAUGUCACCAUCUAGAAAAGAAUUUUCUGCUUCUAUUGAUGCUAGCGAACAGUCAUCUCACAUCCAUAUUGGGACUGGCUCUGUUUCCAGUGUUCUUUCUAAUACAAAUGUUUCUCAGGGAGUGAUAGGAGAUAGCCAUGAAACUUCAGAGGGCUCAAACCAUCAUACUGAUCCUUCUGGAGAGGUAAAAUUAGAACCUCAUGCAGCUGCUACCUUGACCACCACACAGAGGGAAACUGAAUUCCCAUCUCGUAUGGUGGAAACACGGUCUCGGAGCCCACUGAUCUUUCGCCGCCCAUCUGAGAGGUCUGUUCCAAGAAUAGUUUCUAAUUCAGCUAGUGAAACCAGAGCUGAUCUGUCUGGUGUUGCAACCCAAGUACGGAAGUUGAUUGAGGACUUAAAGAGCACACCACUUGAUACUCAAAGGGAUGCAAGUGCAGAACUCCGGCUACUUGCUAAGCACAAUUCGGAUAAUCGGGUGGUAAUAGCAAACUGUGGAGCCAUCAGCUUAUUAGUUGAUUUGCUUCACUCAACAGAUGCAAAGAUUCAGGAAAAUGCUGUUACAGCACUUCUUAACUUAUCAAUUAAUGAUAACAACAAAAGUGCAAUUGCUAAUGCCAAUGCCAUUGAACCUCUAAUUCAUGUCCUUCAGACCGGAAGCCCAGAAGCUAGAGAAAAUUCGGCUGCUACACUCUUUAGCUUAUCUGUGAUUGAGGAUAAUAAGAUCAAGAUAGGGAGGUCUGGGGCAAUUGGACCUCUUGUUGAUUUGCUGGGGAAUGGGACUCCUAGGGGUAAGAAAGAUGCAGCAACAGCACUGUUUAAUUUGUCAAUAUAUCAUGAAAACAAAGACCGGAUUGUGCAAGCUGGCGCUGUAAAGCACCUUGUGGAUUUGAUGGAUCCAGCAGCUGGGAUGGUUGAUAAGGCAGUUGCUGUUUUAGCAAAUCUUGCUACAAUUCCUGAGGGAAGGACUGCAAUUGGUCAGGGGAAUGGGAUCCCUGUUCUGGUUGAGGUUGUUGAGUUGGGGUCUGCAAGAGGGAAGGAAAAUGCAGCAGCUGCCCUGUUACAGCUUUGCUCGAUGAGUGGUAGGUAUUGCAAUAUGGUGCUUCAAGAAGGAGCUGUCCCGCCGUUAGUCGCAUUGUCGCAGUCGGGCACACCAAGGGCCAAAGAAAAGGCACAAGCACUCCUUAGUGUCUUCAGAAACCAACGGCAUGGUAAUGCUGGGAGGUCUUGAUUUCACAAGCACAACCUUCAAUGCAUUGCAAAGUUUGUGGUUUGGUUCUUGGGUGAGGUCAGUGGGCUUUUGCGGUUCGGCUGUGGUGUUCGUUGGUCAGGUUGCUUGUUGCAGUGGCUAUAGUUGGUGCCUGUCCUGGUAGCCUCUUUUGGUCUUGUUUAUGCAAACAGUUUCUUUCUCUCUGUAUAUUUACAGAUUCUAUAUACACACGAUGUUAAAAAAGAGUAAAUUAGUAAAUUUAUAAUUAAAUUAA